GUAAAUAUAUUUUCAGGUACCAAUUUCUCAAAUAUGAUUCUGUUGUGUUGUUUUGGUGAAUCUAUUACAUUUUUUUUUACUGUCAAGAGAGGGAUCCUUUUGUAAUUUACACAUUUCCCCUGCUUCUCCGUUUACUCUCUGUCUGGCCAUCGAUCUUAGUCCCAUCCCCAGGAAUCUCCGGCUUCGAAAAAAUCUACCGGCGAUUAAGAGCGAAGCAGAGAUCGAAUGGAAGAUGCAGCUGCUCCUAAUUCUGGUUCCGAUUUAAACCUCGGAGGAAAACGCGGCAGAUCUAUCGAAGAAUGCCAGGACAUGAUUCAGAGAAGUUUCCGAAACCCAAUUGUGAAGUUUCUGAUGGAGCAAAUGGAGAAAUCUGGGUGUAGAGUUGGUGAUAAUUUCAUAAAGGCAGUUGUUUGUACUGGACCUGUAGCUGGAGGCUUCACCAAAGGAAGAGGGAUCACUGUCUGCAGUAACUAUCUGACCAUUCAAGAUGAAGUGAAUCAAGUGGUUAUACAUGAGCUAAUCCACGCUUAUGACGAGUGCCGAGCCAAGAAUUUGGAUUGGACUAACUGUGCUCAUCAUGCUUGCAGCGAGAUACGCGCAGGUCAUUUGAGCGGCGAUUGCCAUUUCAAGAGAGAACUUUUGAGGGGUUUCAUUAAAUUAAGAGGGCAUGAACAAGAGUGUAUAAAGAGAAGAGUCUUGAAAUCGCUUCGUGGCAACCCGUAUUGCUCGGAAGUAGCAGCCAAAGACGCCAUGGAAGCAGUGUGGGAUACUUGUUACAAUGACACUAAGCCUUUUGACAGAGCUCCUUGAAGGUCGAUAUAAAAGCCGGAAAUAACUGUUGGAUUCAACCGUUGAUUUUUUCUGACAGUCCAACCAUUUUGGCCGAGUGAAACUUCAGUAUUUGUUUAGAUUUUGUACGCUGUUGUUGUUUGAAACAGUGGGAAAAGGUCUAAUACACAGUCUUUGAUUUCAAGUGGAUUUUGCUUGAAAGUAAAAUUUUGAUUUAUGGAUUUGUAUUUAACAUCAUACUAUAGAGGAAGAGUUAGCUCUGCAUCGAGCAUCAUUAAGUAAAACGUCC